AUGUCAGCGCUGAUUUCUUCCUCACUGCAAGGCUCAAAUGUGGUGCUCAAACGCAAGACCUGGAAAAUAUGCAGCGCAAGUUUGCGCCAGUGCUUUCGGUCGCUCAAUGUCGACAGUCCUCCUCGCAUCCCCACCCUGACCACCAGCUACGUCCACGGCACCUCCUCCAUCUCUCUGCUCCCCCUGACUGUAGGCCAGUGCCUGGACGCCACAGUCCAGCGCUGGCCCGACCGCGAGGCUGUGGCCUUUCUGCAGGACGGCAUCCGGAAAACCUUUGCGCAGUUUCAGCAAGAUGUUGAUAAAACAGCGGCAGGUCUGCUCGCUUUGGGCCUGAAGAGGGGCGACCGGCUGGGGGUUUGGGGACCCAACACGUAUGAGUGGAUCCUUUUCCAGUUUGCUUCAGCCAAGGCUGGAAUUAUACUGGUGUCACUAAACGUAGCCUAUCAGGCGAAGGAAGUGGACUUCACUCUAAAGAAGGUGCAGUGCAAAGCUGUGGUCUGCCCUACCCGCUUUAAAACACAACAUUUCUGUGAGAUGCUGAGGGAGAUCUGCCCAGAGAUCAACACGACGCCAGCCGGCAUGAUCAAAAGCUCCAGGUUGCCGGACUUGCGUAUGGUGAUAGUGACGGACAGCAGACAGCCGGGGAUGCUCCACGUAGAGGACGUGAUGCAAGCGGGGGAGAGCCGGCACCACAGAGAGCUGAUGGAUCUGCAGAGCAAGCUGUCCUUCGAUGAGCCCAUCAACAUUCAGUUCACAUCGGGGACUACAGGGAAUCCAAAGGGAGCCACUCUUUCCCACCACAAUAUUGUAAAUAACGCCUACUUUGUGGGUCUCCGAUUGGGUUAUGGAUGGAGGCCUCGGGUGAGAGUGUGCAUGCCAGUACCCAUGUACCACUGCUUUGGCUCUGUGAUGGGAGGGAUGAGCAUGGCUUUGCAUGGCAUCACGCUGAUCUUCCCUUCCCCCGGAUACAACAGUCGAGCCAACCUAGAAGCCAUUCAGAGCGAGAAGUGCAACUUCGUCUACAGCACUCCCACCAUGUUUAUCGACAUGCUUGGCCAACGAGAUUUAAACAAAUAUGACUUGUCGUCAGUUGAGGCUGGCUUAACAGGAGGCGCUCCGUGCCCUCCUGAGGUCCUGAGAAAACUGAAAACAGACAUGAACAUGAAAGAGAUAACAACGGCUUAUGGAACCACUGAGAACAGCCCGCUUACAUUCAUGGGAUACCCACAAGACAACGACGACCUGAAGCUAAAUACCGCUGGAUGCAUCUUGAACCACACUGAGGCUAAAGUGGUGGACCCUGCUACUGGAGAGAUUGUCCCUGUGGGGACCCCAGGAGAGAUGAUGAUCAGAGGCACCUGUGUGAUGCUAGGCUACUGGGAUGAUCCUGAGAAGACCAGUCAGGUUAUCUCUGAAGGCGGCUGGUACAGGACUGGUGACAUAGCCAGUCUGAACAGUUUGGGAUACUGCAGCAUCGUGGGACGCUUAAAGGACAUGAUCAUCCGAGGAGGGGAGAACAUCUACCCCGCCGAGGUAGAGGAAUUUCUUCAUGAGCAUCCCAAAGUACGGGAGGUGCAGGUGGUCGGCGUGAAAGAUGAGAGGCUGGGCGAGCAGGUGUGUGCCUGCAUCAGGCUGAAGGAGGGCCAGACCUCCAGUGCAGAGGAGAUAAGAGCAUUUUGCAAGGGCCAGAUAUCUCACUUCAAGAUCCCACACUAUGUGGUCUUUGUAGACAGCUUCCCGCUGACAGUCAGUGGAAAGGUGAAGAAAAACACAUUAAAGGAGAGAAUAGAGAAGCAGUUGAAAGUACAAGAGGAAAAGAAAGAAGCUGUGGCCUGUUGGAGACCUUUUGUCAGGGAUAGUAGCUUUUCAGCUGAACAGUGGAACUGA